CCAUUUUCCAUAGCAGAGGUUUUCUGAUCGCUCGGUUUUCCUUCUGCGCUGUUGCAGCCAGCGAGUUAUUUCGAUCCGAUUUGCCAUCCAGACAAGGAGUGGAAGAGAAAACAAGAUCGAAUCUUUUCAUGUAGAAAGCGAUUCUCACCGAGAAUGGCGAAUCUAAUACCUAAGAUCCUCCGAAGAACUUCGCCUGUCGCGGCUGUACUGCACAAACCCUCUCCUCCACACCCGGCGACCUACGCUCCACUCGCCGGCGCUGUCUUCGCUCAGCGAUUCGUGCCGGACCUGACGACGCCCCGGCCAAUUCCAUUCUUCGGCAUCGGGACCGCGGAGAAGCUACCGUCUCCAUCGGGGUUCGUUUACCCUAGUUUCCCAUUUGGGCUCGGCUUAAACCCUAUUCCAGCUGCUGGGUUCGAUUUCGUUGAGACCGAGGACGAAGUUGUUGAUCAUGAUGACCGGACCAUCCGUGCUGAUAGUGUGAAGAAGAAGAGGAAGAAGAAGAUGAACAAGCACAAGUACAAGAAGCUCCGAAAGCGUCUCAGGCGAAAGUCUAGGUCGUGAUCCAAGGCGUUCGUGAUGAUACUGAAUGUUGGUAGGGUUGAAUCGACCUCUUGUUUCUCCUGUUACUUGAAUUUUUGGUUGGAGUAGCCAGGUUUGAUGAUAUAGCAUCACCCCCCAUUGUUUUAAUGGAUUGAAAUGGUAUUGGUCAAUGCUCUGGAAAUAAUUGCUGACCUCAAGCUACUCUUCUUUUUUUUUCUGUUUGAAUUUUCGAUCUUUCUGAUCAGUUGAAUUGAGGUAGACAUGGUUGUUGUUAUGCUGGUUGUCUCUUGAGUAUGGGCAUGCGAUUGAUACCUUAGGAUAUGCUGUUCAAUUGCUAGACAGUGGCCAGGAUAGCUGAAGUUAAUGCAUAUUGCUGGUUGUUAUGCUGGUUGUCUCUUGAGUAUGGGCAUACGAUUGAUACCUUAGGAUAUGCCGUUCAAUUGCUAGGCAGUGGCCAGGAAAGCUGAAGUUAAUGCAUAUUGCUCGGGUUAACUUGCCAUAGACCACUUCCAUUCUUUAAGCUAACUGCACUUCAGGUGCCGGAGACUUGUUAGCUUAGCUUUCAGACCGGGCAAGAUGGCUUGCUUUAUGUAGUUUAGUUAGUAACUUAGUAUGGUAGCGUGAUGAGUUAUUCUUACAACAGUUACAGCUAGUCACAACCAUGUUUAGUUGCAGGGCUGAGCUAGAAACUUCUGUUACUAGGUCUUAAGUAUCGAUGAAUGCUGUAUUAAUGAUCCAAUGCUAUGUCGGAGGUGUGAAGUAGCAUCAAAGAGCUUCUGCGUUUUGCCAAGAAUACUGGUUUCUUAGUAAUAAGUGGAGGAAUAUGUU